CUAGGCUCGUUGCUAACACUUCAUCCACCUUUCUCAACCUGCUUUCUUCAUUUUGUAAGACCUUAUAAAGUUUUUAUCAAUCUUUUGUCUGUCAAAAUGUCCGCCAAAAAUGGUGCAAAGAUCUUCAAGCAGCGAUGUGACCAGUGCCAUACUGUAGCAGCUGGUGGUAAGCACAAGACAGGGCCCAACCUGAACGGUCUUAUCGGACGCAAAACCGGUCAAAUGGCAGGAUUCUCUUACACGGAGGCCAACAAGAAGAAAGGUAUCACGUGGACUCCAACUACAUUGGACGAGUACUUGACCAACCCUAAGAAGUACAUCCCAGGAACGAAGAUGGUGUUCGCUGGACUCAAGAAGAAGAAGGACCGAAACGAUCUGAUCGCAUAUUUGGUGAAGUCAACGAAAUAGUCGGCAAGAAGACGAACACAAUUUUCCACAUCCUGGUCCUGACCCUUCACAUCUGUACAGUGUAUCUCCAAAGAAUAGUUGAAUUUUACGACCCUGCGCCUAGGAUUGUGAGAUUGUCAUUUCGAUUUUAUAAUAAACUGAUGCUGUGUUGUAUUUAUUUAUAGACGAUUCAUGAUUGACGAUUGUUAGUAGAUCCGAUUGUUGUACUUUACUGUCCCGCUUUUAAUUUCCGCGACCUUGUAUACUGUAGCUUACGUUACUUUUCCCUCUCCUAAUAA